GCCCGCCGCCCCGCACUGCCGCGGCCGGAGAGGCCGGAGCGCCCCGGCCGACCAUGGGGAUCCUCUUCACCAGGAUAUGGAGGCUUUUCAACCACCAGGAGCACAAGGUGAUCAUUGUGGGCCUGGACAAUGCAGGGAAAACCACCAUUCUGUACCAAUUCUCCAUGAACGAGGUGGUCCACACGUCCCCCACCAUCGGCAGCAACGUGGAGGAGAUCGUGGUGAACAACACGCGCUUCCUCAUGUGGGACAUCGGGGGGCAGGAGUCCCUGCGCUCCUCCUGGAACACCUACUACACCAACACCGAGUUUGUGAUAGUUGUGGUGGACAGCACAGACAGAGAGAGGAUCUCUGUGACUAAGGAAGAGCUGUAUAAAAUGUUGGCACACGAGGACUUGAAAAAAGCAGGUUUGCUGAUCUUUGCAAACAAGCAGGAUGUGAAGGAGUGCAUGACAGUGGCUGAAAUCUCCCAGUUCCUGAAGCUCACGUCCAUCAAGGAUCACCAGUGGCACAUUCAGGCCUGCUGUGCUCUCACUGGAGAGGGACUGUGCCAAGGACUGGAAUGGAUGAUGUCAAGACUUAAGAUCAGAUGAUUUUUGGUGCCCCCUUUGCACAGACAUUGCUCCAGGGAGCGGCUCCCGGCAGAGGCGGUGGGGUGGAUGGAUUUACCCUGAACUGACUGCAACUGUAUUUUCUACAAAGCUGCCCCCUCACAGCGGACAGGAAGGACCAUCCCUAGAGGGAACUGCAGCCCUGGCUCCAGUGGGGUUUGGUUUGCUGGGAGGAUCCCUUUCAGAGCUGUGCCCAGCCUUGAGGAGCUGCAGCCCAGCCUCGGGCCUGGGGAAGACGAAGCAAGAGGAAAGGAGCUUUUAAUUUCGAGUUUUAUUAUCCUGUUGUAGCCCUCUCUAGUGGAAGAUGUUGGCUUCAUUAUUCCAGUAAAUCAGCAACAAAUCA